UUCUAAUACAAAAAAAAAUACUACUUGAUAGUUCUCUCUUUUUUGGGGGUUUGAAUUAAAUUGUAUAUAAAUGGUUCAUGCUCGGACAUUGAAAAACUGUGGGUCAUUUAGUCAUAGAUCUCUCUCUAUCUUCCUCCUCCUCUUAGGCUCCUCAACUAAACGUCUUUAAUGCUCUCUCUCUCUCUCUCUCUCUCCAUUCUUUACGACCUCAUAGACUUGAAAAUUUUACCAUUCGAUUUUUCAAAACCUUUAUUUUCAUCUAUAUAUUGAGAUUAACAUAUAAAGUCUCUCCAACCACCUAGCUACCAGCCUAGAGCAGGAACAUUAAUGGUGGUGCACACCAUCUCAUGCUUCACAUACCCUAAAGCUCUUCACUCCAAGUUUAUGAGAGAUCUACAGAGAUAAUCAUAUAGAGAAAGAGAGAGAAAUAGAGAUCUAGAGAGAAAAUCCAUUGAAGGGGGAAAAAAACAGUCUGUCUUUCAUAAUUGCUCUUUCUAUAAAUCUUCUCUCGUGUUCUUACAUUUCUUCUAAAACCAUUCUCUCUCUCUCUUCAAACUUCAUCACUCUUUACGGAAAAUUUCUUAUUUUCACCACCUGGGCCGUCUCUAUAUCCGUCUACUUCUCAACUUUUGUGCCAAAACGUCAUUUCUUCUGAGGGAAUAAACACAAAACAUUUUCCCGGAAAAUCAUGGAGAUUUCCACCGCUCUAAUGAUUCUUUCAGCCAUCACGGCGUAUUUCUUAUGGCUCACAUUCAUAUCUCGUUGUCUUAAAGGUCCACGUGUUUGGCCCAUAUUGGGUAGUCUCCCUGGUCUAAUCGAGAACUGCGAGCGAAUGCACGACUGGAUCUCCGACAACCUCCGUGCUUGCUCCGGUACGUAUCAGACAUGCAUCUGCGCCAUUCCGUUUCUAGCUAAGAAACAAGGUCUCGUCACUGUCACUUGCGAUCCAAGAAACCUCGAGCAUAUUCUCAAGAAUCGCUUUGAUAAUUACCCUAAAGGUCCGACGUGGCAAGCCGUUUUCCAUGAUCUUCUUGGUCAAGGGAUCUUUAAUUCCGACGGUGACACGUGGCUUUUUCAGCGUAAGACCGCCGCUUUGGAGUUCACCACAAGGACACUCCGUCAAGCCAUGGCUCGUUGGGUUAAUAGAGCGAUCAAGCUUAGGUUUUUGCCUAUUCUUGAAACGGCUCGGCUCGGCUCUGAGCCGAUUGAUCUUCAAGAUUUGCUUCUUCGGCUUACAUUUGAUAAUAUCUGCGGCUUGACUUUCGGGAAAGACCCGCGGACUUGUGCACCGGGUCUUCCGGUGAACACAUUCGCGGUGGCUUUCGAUCGAGCCACCGAGGCUUCCCUACAAAGGUUUAUAUUGCCGGAGAUAUUAUGGAAGUUCAAGAGAUGGCUCCGACUCGGCUUAGAAGUCAGCUUGACAAGAAGCUUGGUCCAGGUAGAUAAUUAUUUGUCUGAGAUUAUUACGACACGUAAGCAAGAAAUGAUGACUCAGCAUAACGAUGGGAAACACCACGACGAUCUCUUAUCGCGGUUCAUCAAGAAGAAGGAAUCUUACUCCGACGAGACCCUCCAGCGCGUGGCGCUCAACUUCAUCUUAGCUGGACGUGACACGUCAUCAGUCGCGCUGAGCUGGUUCUUCUGGUUAAUUACGCAGCACCCGACUAUAGAGGAUAUAAUCCUCCGGGAGAUCUGCACCGUUCUGAUCGAGACACGUGGCGAUGACGUGGCGUUAUGGACCGACGAGCCGCUUUCGUGUGAAGAGCUAGAUCGAUUGGUUUAUCUCAAGGCGGCGUUAUCGGAGACUCUGAGGCUUUAUCCUUCGGUGCCGGAGGAUUCGAAACGCGCCGUGAAAGACGAUGUGUUGCCGGACGGGACAUUUGUGCCGGCGGGAUCUUCGGUUACUUAUUCGAUUUACUCUGCGGGGAGGAUGAAAUCGACUUGGGGAGAGGAUUGUUUGGAAUUCAAACCGGAGAGAUGGAUCUCGCAAUCGGACGGUGGGAGAUUUAUCAAUCAUGAUCCAUUUAAAUUCGUGGCGUUCAAUGCUGGCCCUAGGAUCUGUCUAGGUAAGGAUCUGGCUUAUCUACAAAUGAAAUCAAUUGCGGCGGCGGUUUUGCUCCGCCACCGAUUGACGGUGGUGACGGGGCAUAAAGUGGAACAGAAGAUGUCAUUAACUCUAUUCAUGAAGUACGGUCUUUUGGUUAACGUCCACGAACGGGAUUUAACGGUGAUCGCGGCGGAUUUACGAGUGAAGACAGUGUAAAUCUAACGUCGUCAAUGACGGGGUUGGUAACGGCGUUUCAAGGUGGGUAGGGUAGGUGAACCAAUCGCAUCUAUCAUUUACUGUCUAAUAGAGAGUGGCACUCGCCUUUUGGGCGCGUGUUAGAUACGCGGUUAUUUGGCCAACACAGCAAGCACGCCCAGUUGUCGUUGAAUGGUUUGGCUGCAUAAUUCAAUAGAGGUAAUUUUGCAAAGUGCGUUUGUUCUGUUCCUUUUUACUCAUCUGCCUCGGUAAUUCAGACAGUAAAAUUUGAUUUCAUUAUUUUGUAAGCAACUUUCAAUUUGAUUUAAUAAUUCUUAUUUUUAAUCUUCAAAUAAGGUUUCAUUUUUAAGGUUAAAGAAUCUCACAUUGUUUCGAAA